AACCCGAUGCUUCUGGGAUUCUUAAGAUGGCCCAGAAGUGCUUUGAAGAAUCCAUCUAUGUCUUUGUAAACAUGCAGAAUGAUAUAAAACACUUGAAGAAAAACAAAUCUAGCCAGGUCAGUCAUGCUGCGGCACACCUGCAACCUGAAAGCUGGAGGAACGUGGGAGUUCAAUGGUGAAACACGCACAGCUCAGCCCCCGCGACCUACUGAUCGUGCUUGUUUUUCCAGACUGCCCAGUUGGUUGCAAGGGCAGCCAAGUAGAAUUCACCUUCAGAACCCCCUGUCUCUUGCUUGCUCCACCAUCCACAGAGUCAUGGGCUGUUUUGUGUGUGCAGGAGGCGAAAGGUUUCUUGGUUCUGUUUGUUUCAUUUUUAUUGUUGUUUUGAACCAUGGUUUUUAUGACUAAAGAGGUAUUUCAGAGUUUGAGGGAUAUUUUUCUUUCUUUCUUAGUUGCUUCUCUUAAGGCAUGUUGUAUUUCCUGUUGCUGAACCACACUGAAGCAGCCGUCCUCUCUUACAUCAGGACAGACCCUAACAGGGCCAUUUGUUUUUUUGUGUCCCCCUCCCCCAACCAGGGGCCAGUUUGCUAAGACCUCUGCCCUGUAUUACUCCACCAUCCUACGUUGACUCGUUGACUCGUGUGGCUUUAAUCAGACCCUCAGGAAGUACCUCCAGUCUGGUGGUCAGCCAAUCAGGGUCCUGCCCAGCCACAACCAGGAACUGUUCUUGCUGUUUUCAGUCAAACAGACCCUGACACAGCAACCACAGUUGCUGACCAGAUGUCAUGAGCCAGCCAUAAAAUGAUUGCUGUACCAGUCCCUUCAAAGUACACUUGACCACAGCUGGAAUUCCCCUAACCCUGCUUAAAAGGAGCCUUCGAGCUUCUCUUGGGGGUCGCCAUUUCCCGCUUUGUCAGAUGGUUUGACCCCAGCGUGCUGGAAAUUUUUUAUUAAACGCUCUUGUUGAUUGCACAUGUGACUGGUGGUCUUUUAUGGACCUUCCCAUGGACCCUAACAACUGCAGUGGAGGUAUUUGCGUUGUUUUUUUCUUCCUGUGAAGUCCAAGUAGUAGGUAUUCUGGGACGCAGUCUCAAACUUAACCUUGUGAAAGCAGUGUGCCGAGGCAUGGUAACAGGCCUAUAAUCGUGGCACUCAAGAGGCCAAGACAGGAAGACAGUGAGUUGAAGGUCAGCCUGGGCUACAUAGCAAUACCUUGUCUCCACAACAAAGCAAAGCAUCAGCCACAGGAUGAACUGAAGGGUGACACCUGGGUAUAUUCCUCCUAUGUGAUGUGCUUCGUCAAUGAUCAGUUCCUGGGCAAUGCAUUUGACCUGAAGAAGUGGGCCCAGAAGGUGUGGGACGUGGUUGAUGUCCGACCCUCCGCACUGUAUGAGGCACUCACUCUGAAUUAUGCCACCAAGUUCUUGAAAGACACCAAGCAUGACUUUGUGUACUUGGACAUUUGUAUUGAUCUUUCUCCAAUUGGAAGACUGAUUUUUGAGCUAUAUUGCGAUACAUGUCCCAAAACAUGUAAAAAUUUCCAGGUCUUGUGCACAGGAAUGGCAGGGUUUUCUCAGAGAGGUAUAAAGCUUCAUUACAAAGAUUCGAUUUUUCAUCGAGUAGUCCAGAAUGGUUGGGUACAAGGAGGAGAUAUAGUAGAGGGGAAAGGAGACGAUGGAGAGUCUAUUUAUGGACCAACAUUUGAAGAUGAAAACUUUUCGGUUCCUCAUGAUAAAAGAGGAGUUCUUGGAAUGGUCAAUAAAGGUCGUCAUACCAAUGGGUCACAAUUCUACAUCACACUACAAGCAACUCCCUAUCUGGAUAAAAAAUAUGUGGCUUUCGGGCAAUUAAUCGAAGGAACCGAAGUUCUUAAAGAACUAGAAUUAGUUCCAACAGAGAACGAAAGGCCAAUGCUUCUUUGCAGUAUUGCAGACAGUGGAAUUCUUUAUACCUGAUUUUCCCAUCAGUCAGAUUUUCUGUGGUGGGUCAUUACUGUGCGUUUGACCAGCUGUUUCUAUAUUUAAUUAAAUGGUGCUUGAUAACAUUGGACUCGAAGGCCGUGGCAGACACAAUUGUUGGUUCAUAUACCCGUCAUGCUCUUUCCUCUCCUGCUCCCACCACAGAGACUCUAAGUACAAAAUACUCGGUUUCCCAGGCUCCUUUACAACUGGAAAGGCCAUUUGAGAGCACUGUGGCCAGUGGGUCACUGGAGUACCAGUGGUCUUGUUCCUGCUCCUCCAUCGUGUUUUGAGUAUGAUAGGCUGGGAGCCAAGAGAACUGCUGAGCCUCACCUCACCACCUCCUCUUUCUGGAAUUUUUACUAUGUAAGGCAAGUAGAACUCUGGAUUCUAUUCCUGGUUCUAUUCCUAUUAAUUUGUUACUUGUGGCCCUGAACGUAAUUAACCUAGCAAUGUGCCUAGUGAGUUUUUAGUCUAAAGCAUUUGUAAAUGAAUUGUGCUGUUUGUAACUAUAUUCCUAUCAUGAUAUGCUUGAUAAAUAACUGACACAAUAGAAAAACAAUUCAGUGUGAAGUUACAGUGCUUAUGCAUAGCCCGCAGGAAGGACACAUGUAUUUGGAUGUUGUAAAUAUCGUCAUGUCUCUGAGCCAUUCCAAUCAUAAGAAAAUCAAGAGUUGGGGUUGAUCCUUGUGGGUUGGUCCCAGUGAACUGCUGGAGCUCUGUUUUAUCAGCUGCUCCAUCUGAAGGUCCCUAAGGCUCCAUCACUUGUAGGGAAAGCUUUUAAAAUAUAGACCAGCAGGCCCUGUACUUGACAUCCUGAGUCACAGUCCCUAGGAGAGAGAGUCUCAAGAUGGAGACGGGGGAGUUAAUUUAGUUCUUUCUUCCUUGGACAGCUGAACACCAGGAGAUGACAGAAUCAUCUGACUUCAGUGCCCCUGGUGGCGUCACCAUAGCAUUGACUCUUACUGGUGAUUGCUCAACUCCUACUGCUGCCUCUACCCUAGUGCCUCUCUCAAAGGUGGCUUGUCUUCCAAGGAUGAUCUCCCCUUAAACCAAUUCUGAAAGAGACAGGAUCUAAAUUGGUUUGGGGCUUGCGAAAGGUAGGCAUUUAUUUUUAGAUGAUUACAGAUUCACAGGAAGUUGCAGAAACAGUACAGAGAAGUCUUGUGUACCCUUCACCCUGUUUCCACAGUGUUUCCAUCCUAUGUAGCUAUAGUACAGUAUCAAAGUAAGCAGCUAACGUUGCUGCAAGUGUGUGAUGCUGUUUCAUCAUGUGAAGCUUCGUGUCACAUACAACGAAGACCCGUCACCCCAAAGAUCACCCUCAGUCUACCCCUUAUUCUCACCCAUCCUGUCUUAUUGCUGUAUCAUAUAUACACCAAAUACAAAGCUCUAAUGGAGUUGAGGAGAAAGAAAAGUGUCCAUUCCACAUUGUCAGCUGAUCCGGAGAUAGCACCGUGUUAAGGACAUGUGCUCUACCCAGGUUGGAAACCAGGCUCUGCCCUUUCCUACUGCAUCAACUUAGGCAAGAACUUCUACGCGCCUUUGUUUUCUAAUGUGAAAAACAGCUGGUGUUUUCCAAGGUCAGUAACUAAUCUUGUAUCAAGAGCCUAAAAAGAGGCUUGGCAUGCUGUAAGUGUUCAACAGAUGGAUGCUUUUAUUUGAUAUUCAAUAAAUUACUUAUUAUAACUUGCAGGA